CUUCUUUAUUCACACAGAGAGACACAUCUGACUUAUACAAGUCAACCUAGCUGCUCUCAUACACUCAGUUCAAGCUUCCCCUCCAGACCUUCAAUCACCACAUCAGGCAUCUGUUGGAUUACUGUGCAUCAAUUCUGGAUCACUUGCUGAGAUCACCUUCCAUUCAGUGCUGCGCAAAUGUUUAUAAUGGAUUUAUGAUUGUUGCACACAGCUUAGUAAGAGAACUCCUUUUAUAAAAAGUGUCGAAGUGAAAAGAUAGAGAAGUGGUAAUUUACCAUCUCAACGAAAGGACCGUAGGACAGUCUUUAGACACUGAAAGACCGCCAUUAUCACAAUGGCAACCAAUAGGGAGAGGCCUAUGAGUCAUAUGACAGGGUUCUACCCCUUUGCCUUCAGUUCAAUGCGAAACCACUCCCCCUUUGAUCUUCUGGCCAAUGGCAGCCUAUUUGGACGAUUUGGAGCGGACCUUCCCAAAGAGAUGGCAGCUCUGUCGGUGGAGACCCAGAGCACAAGCUCAGAGGAGAUGGUUCCCAGUUCCCCUUCUCCACCCCCUCCUCCUCGUACCUAUAAACCCUGCUUUGUGUGCCAGGACAAAUCUUCGGGCUACCAUUACGGAGUCAGCUCUUGUGAGGGCUGCAAGGUACGCAAGCCUAUACAGUUUAUAUACUUUUGACCAACUAGUUCAUCCACACUAAUUAGUAUUUCUCAAAUUAUAAUUAUGGUUUGGUCCAAACCUUAAAA